AUGAAUAUCAACAGUCAACAAGGUUAUGAUUCAACUUGCACAUGUGAUUCCGCUUCAGGAAGUGUCUGCAUGAAAUAUACAUGUUCAACGACAGUAAGAUCAGUUAGUUGUUUUUCUGGUUCCAGUCUGUUGACUCUUCCUGACGGUUCGCAUAAAUCUCUCGCUGAUAUUCAAAUCGGUGAACGUGUUCUCGUCAAUCAUCAUCAUACCUAUGAACCCAUCUCGUCGUUCAUUCAUGCAAAGCAUGAUGGUAUCUUUAGUUUCCUGGCUAUCCAAGUACAGUCAACUAAAUCAAAUCGAACAUCUACCAUUCAUAUUUCACCAAACCAUCUCAUCUUUGAUUACGACUCGGGUAAGGCUAAAUUUGCAGGUAAACUUCAUGUUGGUGAUCGUCUUCAAUUCGUUGAUCAUGACGAAAUCGUGCCUGCUACAAUAAUGAACAUCAAACUAACAAAACAAGAAGGAUACUAUGCACCAUUGACAGCUUCGGGUAAAAUCGUGAUUGAUGGAAUUGUUGCAUCAAACUAUGCAACAGUGAGCAAUCAUGACUUGGCUCACGAAGUGAUGGAAGUUUAUCGAUGGUGGACGAACUUAUUUGGUGGAUCAAAAUCGAAUGAAGACAUUCCAUGGAUGUUACAAGUCAUGUUAAAGAUUGAAGAGAUUUUUGCACUUGUGAUUCUGUUUCAUCGAAUUCUGUUAACUCUUCCGGACGGUUCACAUAAAUCUCUCGCUGAUAUUCAAAUCGGUGAACGUGUUCUCGUCAAUCAUCAUCAUACCUAUGAACCCAUCUCGUCGUUCAUUCAUGCAAAGCAUGAUGGUAUCUUUAGUUUCCUGGCUAUCCAAGUACAGUCAACUAAAUCAAAUCGAACAUCUACCAUUCAUAUUUCACCAAACCAUCUCAUCUUUGAUUACGACUCGGGUAAGGCUAAAUUUGCAGGUAAACUUCAUGUUGGUGAUCGUCUUCAAUUCGUUGAUCAUGACGAAAUCGUGCCUGCUACAAUAAUGAACAUCAAACUAACAAAACAAGAAGGAUACUAUGCACCAUUGACAGCUUCGGGUAAAAUCGUGAUCGAUGGAAUUGUUGCGUCAAACUAUGCAACGGUGAGCAAUCACGACCUGGCUCACGAAGUGAUGGGAGUUUAUCGAUGGUGGACGAACUUAUUUGGAGGAUCAAAAUCGAAUGAAGACAUCCCGUGGAUGUUACAAACUAUGUUGAUUAUUGAGCAAAUCAUUCGAUGGUGUGGAGGUGAACAAUUAAUUGAAAGUUAUAUAUAA